UGCCAGCCAUCUGAUAUGCCAAAUCUAUCCAACCUGUGUCUGACCUAUAAAGACAAGGAAAUGGAGAAAUUGUAUAUAAACCAAAGGGACUACAUAUUCAAGUACAGUAUGUUGCUGGCCUAUUUGAUUGGAUGCCUGUUGGUCAUUCUUCAAUUUGAUAGUAACACCUCCAGGUGCAUUCUCUGCACUAUAGUAAAUUACUUGAUUAUUAUUUUCUUCGGUAUUCUGACCUUUAUUGCCUGGUACAAGAAGAUGUGCUGGACCCGAAAUCAAAUAAAACCCAAAAGGAACCGAGUUUACAAUAGGUUCAGUUGUUUCUUAUUCUACUUGAUCAACAAAAUUCAAGAGAACCUUGAGAUUCGCGUUGGACUCUACAUAUUUAUCACAUUAUCGCAUGGUACCAUCAUUGCUUUGAUUUUGAUUUUAUGUGAUCAAAACAGGUUUAUUUUGGAUGAAAUAGAGCACAAAAUAUUUCACUAUGAGGCACCAAACGAUGCGUGUUUUCAUCCAUGGGUUAUCACCAAUAUGAUGUCCAUAUUUAUAUGCAUGGUCUUCACCUUCACGCGCAUUCCUUUGAAACUUAAGACUCUGGUUGCCUUUCUAUUGUCCGGCGCUUACCUAUUAUUGGUUAACCUUCACCUCAGGAUUGUCUUCCACCACAGCUUUACCUCAACUCCUUCCCUUCCUGCGGAGUAUGCCCACACCAUGCAGAUUCUGGUCACCAUAUUAACUGUGUACCAGAAAGAGCGAAUGACCACCUUUGCCAGCAAAGUGAACUUUAAAUGGCGGCAGGAGCUUAAAAGGAAACAAAGCGAUGCUGUUUUAACUAACCAAUCGAUUACCAUUAUUCUUCAUAACAUUUUGCCAGCCCACGUCAUAAACGUCUAUCUGACUUCAUUAGCUAAACACGAGUUGUACUAUGAAAAUUACCAAAUGGUUUCAGUCAUGUUUGCUAUGUUAAUGAAUUUUCAAAUGGACUUAAGAAACUUGCGAUUACUGAACGACAUUAUUACCGAAUUUGAUAUUUUGCUACUUUACUACAAGGAAUUCUACGUGGUUGAGAAAAUCAAGGUGGUUGGAUGCACAUACAUGGCUGCUUGCGGGCUGGACCUUAACUUUGCGGGAGCGGUCAGCAUCAAGUCUCGAUCUUCGAACGUCCAUGCGUCUCCACACCUGGCAAAGCUUUUGGCCUUGCCGCUAGCAAGGAACCAUGAUGGUUCCGACAGCGAUGAGUUGGACGAGGUGGUAUUCGUCCUAGCUUCCUUUGCGCUUGACAUGAUGCGCACACUGUCCAAAUGCUUGGAAAGCCAAGGCCAAGAGCACGGAUCGAUCACCAUUGGCCUGUCCAGUGGCGAGGUGAUGGCCGGCAUUGUGGGUGCCUCGCAGCCACACUACGACAUCUGGGGCAAUGCUGUGAACAUGGCCUCGCGAAUGCAGACCACCGGCCUGCCGGACAACAUCCAGGUCACCGAGGAGUCGGCACAUAUUCUCCAGGACUACGGCAUCAAAUGCAAUUUUCGUGGCUUAACCUUCGUGAAGGGGCGUGGCGAAAUACCGACCUACCUUGUGGGCAUUGACCCACACUACUGUUUCAUUGACAAGGAGGCCAGCAGGAAUCCAAGUCACGUGCUUCGAAGCACGCAAAUAUCUUACGGAUCCGCGUACAGCAAACCGGAAGAUACGAUAGGGACCGAUAGCGAUCAACUAUAGCGACC